CCGUGGUGUAUCUGUGUCGGUGCUUUCGGACGAUCUUCUGCUGGUCGGCUAUCACCUCAGAAUUACCUUGCCGUACUGCCGCUGACGAAUAACGUUCAGUCGAGACCGAGCUCAUCCGCGAUACAGUUGAUUUUCGCAUCCAAUAGACAAAAUGGCUGAUGUACCAAAGCGUGAAGUUGAAAAUGUCGAAUUCGUUUUCGAAGUCAUGGGUUCCCCCGGCGAGGGUAUCGACGCCGUCGACCUAGGUGAUGCCCUCCGCGCUCUGAACUUGAACCCCACCUUGGCGCUGAUCGAGAAGAUGGGCGGCACCAAGAAGCGCAACGAGAAGAAGAUCAAGAUGGAUGAGUUCCUGCCCAUCUACUCACAGGUCAAGAAGGAGAAGGAGCAGGGAUGCUACGAGGAUUUCAUUGAGUGCUUGAAGCUUUACGACAAAGAAGAGAACGGCACCAUGAUGCUCGCUGAAUUGCAACACGCCCUGCUGUCUCUUGGUGAGAACCUGGAUGACGAACAGGUCGAGACUCUGUUCGCUGACUGCAUGGACCCUGAGGAUGAUGAAGGAUUUAUCCCCUACUCUCAGUUCAUCCAGCGCUUGAUGAGCGAUCCAGUCGUCUUCGACUAAACACAUUCCUCGCCAGAAUGUGUGACAGACCAGAUCAGCUAUAAAUAGUUAGAAACAACAACAACAAACCAACAACAACAACAACAACACCAA